UGCCACAGCUGUUUCUGGUUUGCCAGAUUAAAAAAGAGACGAAGAAGACGAAGCGGAAGUACACAGUGUUGAGUUUCUAGAAGAUACAUGCGGUAGUCAUUAAUCCAAAUGUUACUGACAUUAAGACUUAUAAUACCAUAUGUGUUUAUUUUAUAACCCACUUUCAGAGAAAACGACCACUGAGACAAUUAUCAGUCAUGUCUCAGACUGCUCCUCCAACUGUCUCUGUCCACCCCACUCGGGCUCUGGUUGAUGAGAAGUUCAGCGUGUUGGUGGAAAAUUUGCCUCCAGGAUUCCCCGUCACCAUCCGCUCCCUCCACCAUUCUGAGGACAGAGACUACUGGGAGGCCUAUGGGCACUACAUCAGCAACCAAAAUGGAACUGUGUCUGUGACAGAAGAUGCGAGUCUGGGGGGCACAUACGCUGGAAAAGAGCCCAUGGGUUUGUUGUGGAGCAUGCGUCCUGUCCCAGGAAGCCGCCCCAGCCUCAGGUUGAGAAAGUUGGACGUGCGCACCCCCAUGCUGGUCAGUAUCUCAGUCUACAGUGGGCAUGAGGACUUCCGGGAUCCGACCCCUCUGGCGUCAUCGCUCACAGAGAGGUGGUACUUGGCUCCGGGGGUCCAGAGGAUCGAUAUCAGUGAGAAAGGAGUGAGCGGGACCUUGUUUAUACCUCCAGGUCCAGGACCCUUCCCCGGGAUCCUGGACCUGUGGGGAGGUGGAGGAGGACUACUGGAGUAUCGCUCUGCUCUGCUGGCGUCUCAUGGAUAUGCUUCUCUGGCGCUGGAAUACAUCAAAACUGGUGAAACAAGGUCAACAAAUCUGGAGCUGGAGCACUUUGAGAUGGCAUUUGAUAUCCUCAAGAAUCAUCCUCAAGUGAUGUCGGACAGAGUAGGAAUUAUUGGUCUCUCCUUUGGAUCACUUGUGGCCCUCUACAUGGCAACUGAAAGCAUCCAUGUCAAGCCUCUUUGUAUUAUUUGCAUCAGCAACAUCCACAUUAAACCACCUGGAAAGUAUCUGAGCGGGUUUCAAGAAUGGCUAACCCAAAACAUAAUCGCUAGAAAUGAGGACAACCAUCAGAUCUGGAGAAAUGCAAAUCUAAACUUGAUUAAUGAGCCUUCACUAAAACUUAAUGUUGGGAAGAUGAAUUGUCCCGUGUUGCUGGUCAACGGUUGUGACGAUCAGAACUGGCCUGCAGUGGAGACAGCAGCUGAUAUAGCCAAGAUGAUGCGUGAAGCAGGGAAGGGAAAUCUGCUAACCCAGCUAGACUACCCGGACACUGGUCAUCUGAUUGAACCACCUUUCUCACCCCAUUUCAGAGCUACUAACUUUAUAAUACAUAGCACAAAAGAAAAAGUGGUAUUACUGUGGGGAGGAAAAACCAAACCUCACUCCGAUGCUCAGGAAGACUCCUGGAGGAAGAUCCUGAGUUUUCUGCAGCAACAUCUGUACUGCAUCCCAGGACACAGAGCAAAGCUAUAAAUGAGAUCAGACUGCACUCCAGUCUGUUCAACGUCAGUGUCGGGCCAACGGCAUGCUGCUGUUUUCAUUUAGGAGAGUCAUUUUCAUACAGGAACAAAUAUAUUUAUGUUGACCAGCUCUUUAUAUCUGUUUUGGGAUUCCAUGUUUUUAGACAAUGUUAAUCCUUUUAUUAAUCAGUUUUUAAUUUUUUUUAAUGUAAAAAACAAAAAAUAAAGCAGAAAUGCACAUUUUAAGUUGGCCUUAAACCUUUUAGGGCUGCACAAUUUUAGGAAAAGGUACAAUGUGUUAUAUUACUAUUGAAUAUUACAAAGCAAUGACUUGUUGGAUAUAAACAAAGCUGCUGAUAUCAGGUGUAUUAAUAAGGGCUCAAUUCCCACCUGCAUUCGUUGCUGAAAAUGCAUGAAAAUAAGAUUUCUUCUAAAUGGAAUUCGGCCUUCAUUCAUACACCUGUGCUCCUUCUAUUUCAUAUUAAAUUGUUUUUAACCUGUCAGUGUAAUGACAUUUACUACUGAUAUCAGAUUUCUGUGGUGACAGGCUUUAGAAAAAUGGUAUAAAUAAUAAAAUCAUACAGGAACA